AUGGCAAUACCAAAAUGUGCCUGCAGCAUUGGUUUGCUGGUGUUUCUGUGCUUAAUUAGCUUGAGCAAUGCCCACAAGUUCAUUAAAUCUGAGGCCCCUGCUAGGGUCAAUCGAAAGAUGAUGGGCCAAGAUAAGCCAAUGGGUCAAGGGUUUGGCUCAGGUGUAGGUAUUGGCAUUGGGACUGGGACAGGUGUAGGCAUUGGCAAAGGAAUUGGCUCAGGUGGCAAUGGUGUAGGAAUUGGGGAGGGGUAUGGUAUUGGCACUGGUUCUGGUUAUGGUGAAGGCACUGGUAUUGGCAUUGGGAGAGGCUCUGGAAAUGGUGGAUAUGGAGAAGGCCGAGGAAUUGGUAUUGGGACUGGGGAUGGUGGAUAUGGGGAAGGCAGAGGAAUUGGUAUUGGGACUGGGAGUGGUGGAUAUGGGCCUGGAAAUGGCCCGUGGGCCUCGGGACCAGGGUACAGAAACAGCGGUGGUAGUGGAUUUGGGUCCGGAGUUGGCACCGGUACUGGGUCUGGGUCUGGUGGGUAUGGAAACAAUUGCGGUGGGGGUUGCAAUCCGGGCUGUGAGUGCCCUGGUGCUUGUUUCCAACCAGGCCAGCCCAAUGGGCUCACUUAUAACAAGCCCACUCAGCAUGAGCAGAUGGCGCCUACCAAGAUGGGUGGAGGAGAGCCUAUAACACCAAAUUCACCAGCACCAGGUUCAUCCCCACCAGAUUCACCAGAUUCAUCAACCAAGACAGCAAAUGAAGCCCACCAUCACUCUGCUGCAGAGCUUCAUAACUAG